CCUUGGCCGGGCUGUGCUCUGUGCUGGGACCCUGCUGGGGCUGCUGCCCUGGGCUCCUCCUCUGCUCCUGCCAGAGCCAUGGUCAGGAGUUACCUGCAGGCUUCUCCUGGGCAGAAGCUGUUCCAGUCCAGUUUAAGAGGCAGAAGCUGAAGAAUGGGUUUGCUGUGCUCCUGACCUGUGACUCCUGUGCAGGGGUUGGGGUGUGCUGAGGAUGAGGAUGGCGGCGCAGGGGAGGCCCCACCUCAGGAGAUGCCUCAGCGACCACCCCAGGGGCUCCACCAGCUGGGCCUGGGACGGCUUCUGGAGAACAGCCAGGGAAAAAUGCCUUGCAGAAAUUGAAGCCAGAGAAGCCUGCGCCUGGCUGCGAGCUGCUGGAUUUCCCCAGUAUGCUCAGCUGUUUGAAGAUAUGCAGUUUCCCAUUGAUGUAAAAACUGUGAGGAGAGAUCAUGAAUUUUUAGAUGGAGAUGCGAUUGAAUCACUGUUCAGAAGGUUGAACACAUUGAACAAGUAUGCAUCAAUGAAAGUGGAAAUAAGCCGUGAUAGGAAACGGAGUGACGACUCUGAAGAUGAUGAGCCUUGUGCAAUAAGUGACAGAUGGGCUUAUGAGAGGUGCAGCCAGCGGUGGUCUCGCAUCGAGAGCCUGGCAGCUUUUCCAGCAGAGGAGGGGGCUGGGCCCUCCACCCCGGGCAGUCCAGUGUUGAAGAUCAUCCACAACGAGGACAGUGUUGUUCUGGAUCAUGGUGAGAAGCACGAUGUGUCCUCAAUUCACAGCACCAGCAGUGCCGACAGUGACAUUGUUAACUCCCAAAAACCUUUUGAAGAUGUGGAAACCAGCACGAGUUCCUCAAGGUGUUCCUCAGUUAAGGUACCUUCACUCGACUCUGCUUUUAGCUGUUCUUCUCCUCCCAGUGAAUUUUUAAAUAUCACCAGUGAGGAGAAGCUUUUGGAUAAGUCACCAUCGAAAAAGAGGAAGAGCCUUCUAAAGAAAAUGGAGAAGCUGCACUUAAGGAGCUGCAAUUUAAGGAGUGGCCAGUCAAAGGCCAAACCCAUAAUAAGUGAACCUGUUCUCCUGGAAGGACUUAAUGAAGAAAAGAUGAAGAUGCUGAACUGUGUAAAUAUUUCUGACCUCUCUGGCAUCCGAACAAAGAACAUUUCUUCCUUUUCUCCCCGGAGCUGCAAUAGCAGCAAUCAGUCUGUAAACAGCAGCACAGGGAGCACUCCAAGUCCUGUUACAAAACCAGGCAAUCCCUGUGAAGGAAGGGGGAUGUGUGCAGAGCACGUGGACUCCAGCAAGCUGUUGCUGGAGAAUGAUCUACCCCAGCAAAACCUAAAAAAUGACAUGACGUUACAAAAGACGCAGAUGUUUCAGAUACCACAAGGCCAUAAACCUGGCACUUUCCCCACAGUACUUACAGACAGCUCCCUGUCUCCAGCAGACAACUCCUCUGUCAACUGGAGAACGGGGAGUUUCCACGGGGGCAGGAGGAGCCGGAGCAGGAGCGGCUCCAAGGAUCCCAAAGCCCCCAGGGGUCCCCUGUCGGGCAGGGAUAACAGGCUGAGUGUGUAUGACAACAUGCCCAGCAUUGACCUGGAGAGCCUGGAGGCAGCACAAGCUGGGGAUGAUGAUGUGUUUUCAGAACUGAACAGCGUCAUAGCAGACGUCAAUGGUCUCAAAAAGUUGGUUGAUCAGUGGACAGAGAAGUUCUCAGAUGAUGGGGAUUCUGACUUUUCCAGUGACCUGACCUGUUUGUAUCCACCCUCCCCUAAAGAAAGCCCUCUUGGAACAGGGGGCUCAGAAGAUAAGACAGCAGGGGAGGCUGAGGGAGAGAGCAGCUGUGGCCUGGGCAAGGAGAUUGGUUCUGCAGACUUGACAUAUAUCACAGACUCUAAAAAGACCAACAGGCAUGGGAAGCAACACUGGUCUGCGGAAGAGAGCGUGAGCCUGGAAAGCCUCUCCCUCCAGCCUGAUGGGCAGUCAGCUGCCCAGCUGGCCCACACACAAAAGCUGGCACUGCUGAGACUCACAGCUUUAAUGGACAGAUACUCCCCUUCCAGUAAGCAGGGCUGGAACUGGACCAUACCAAAGUUCAUUAAAAAACCAAAAGCCUCAGACUACAAGGACAAAAACGUGUUUGGGGUUCCUUUGCUUCUGAACGUGCAGCGAACCAGCCACCCCCUGCCCAACGGCAUCCUGCAAGCCCUGGAGUACCUGAGAAGCCACUUUCUUGACCAGGUUGGCCUGUUCCGAAAAUCUGGUGUUAAAUCCAGGAUUCUGUCUUUAAGAGAAAUGAAUGAAACCAACCCAAACAAUGUCUGCUAUGAGGGGCAGUCAGCCUUUGACGUGGCAGAUAUGGUGAAGCAGUAUUUCCGAGACCUUCCUGAGCCUAUAUUUACCAGCAGGCUCUGUGAAUCCUUCCUCCACAUCUACCAAUAUGUGCCAAAGGACCAGCAGUUUCAGGCUGUCCAGGCUGCUAUUCUCCUUCUCCCAAAGGAAAAUAGAGAAGCUUUGAAAAUCCUCCUGUUCUUCCUGCGAGAUGUGGUGGCUUUUGUAGAGGAGAACCAGAUGACCCCAACCAACAUUGCUGUCUGUCUUGCACCUUCUUUGUUUCACCUCAACACCCUGAGGAGGGACAGUUCCUCCUCCUCAACCAGGUCCAGUCAGAGGAAGUGCAGCUUGGGGAAGCCAGACCAGAGGGAGCUGAAUGAGAACCUGGCAGCAACGCAGGGCUUGGCCCACAUGAUAAUGGAGUGCAACAGGCUCUUCCAGACUGACUUCCCAGCUUGACCACAGCCUUUGCCUGUCAUUAUGGACUUGCCUAGUGAUCCUUACACUGUGGCUAACCCUGGUUGCUGUUCCUGGACCUGAUCCUGACCUCCUUCGCUCACGUUCCUGGCUCCACCUCGGACCUCAUCGCCGUGGAUGUGUCUGAUGAUCUUUACUCUUGGCUGACCCUGGCUGCCACCUCUGGCCCUGCUCUGGCAGUGUGGGACAGGGCAACUGCCCUGCCAGCCCUGUUGUUCCACUUGACACCUGGCCCCUUUCCCUCAGGGAUGCUGUCCACACUCCAACAGUCAGCUCAGACCUUCUCAAGCUCUGCUCCAGCUCCUUGUCUGGGCAGGGGACACUGCCCCAUGGCUGCCCUGCACUGACACAUGGCCCUGCCCCAGGGCUCCCCCAGUGCCUGGCUUCUGAGUGACACCCCACCCCAGGACAGCUGGGGCUCCCAGGGGCCUGAUCCCUGCAUGGCAUCAGUCUCCAGCCCAGACAGGGCUCCUAAGUUGCCUCCCUCCACCCCCAGCCCAGCCAUGGGUCCCUGUUUCCCCUGCAGUGGCCUGAACCCUCUGCCCAGCUCUGAGGCCCUUGGGGUGCCCCUGCCCUGUACCCUCUGGUCAGUCCUGGCAGCACAGGCCUGGCUCUGUUCCUGGCUGCACAGCCCCGUGGAACAGCCCCGUGAGCUACCCUGGCACACAUGGACAUCCCACAGACCCCUGCUAUGACCACUGAUGACUGCAGUGCUGAGCUGUGGGGCUGCCCCUCACCCAGGGGUGCUGGGUUCGCCUGCUGUGACCCCCACCCUGCCACGGUGGGCAUUGGGUGCUGAGACUCAGGGACUGCCUGAAGAGGGCUGUGCCCCUUCUGCUGGAGGCCACAGCUCAGAGUGGCAGCUUCUGCCACGCCCGUGCCCGGAGGAACGCCCGGCUGUGCUGCUCCGGACCCAGCCCUGGUCACUGUGGCCACCACGGACAGCGGCUGACGCUGCUUCUGCCACGGCAGCCCCGAGAGCAGGACCCGGCUCGUCUGCACUGCCAGCCCUGCCCCGGUGCGCCCGGUGGGGCCACAGGUAAAACUGCUGCCUGCCUCCCCGCACCAUCACAGAUGACACCAAAGGCUGGGUGGGUGACCUGCUCACACGUGGCACCUAAGGGAACUGCUACAUCCUCUGCACAGGCUUAAUCCCCAGGAUGUCAAAUCCUUUGGCCAUGACGGUGGCAGUGGCUUCGCACAGCAGCAGCCUCCACAUGUUCACCUUCACGAUCUGGCCUGGAAAACACAGAGGAGCUGG